UCCCUCUGGGAAGUCAUGUGGGAGGUGGAGGAGAUCAAUAGGCAACUGCAGGAGGGGGUGAUAAAAACCUACUGUAAGGACAGUUAUCAGCAGCCUUCAAAGAAAAUUAUUCCGGCAGCAGCAUUUUAUUGGAGUAAUCUUGUUAGUGAUAUUGACUGGAAGAAAGUUUGGUCCUUACCACAAAAGAUCCUUCUAACAAAUCAGUGUCGGUGGGAGUCUAAGCCGUCUUUAGUGAUGCCUCAGUCGGGUGGGUCGAGCUCAGACGGCGGUGUGGAGCCCCGGAGUCCCGGUUCUCGGAACCGCAGACCUCGGACUCGCUCCCGGUCCCGGAGCCGCCACCGCAGCGGCAGCAGAGAGCGGAGUCUCUCUCCGUACAGCUUCGGGCCAAAACUCCCGAAGCCGCGGAACCGGGAGAAGGAGCACGAGGAGCGGGACCGCCGGUUCCGAGAGGCCAGAAACAUCCGGAGGAUCCGCAUCGGAAGCCCCCAACGGGGCCGGUCCAGGUCCAGAUCCAGGUCCAGAGAGCGACACAACACCAACACCACCAACACCAACACCAACAACACCAGUUACAACCACUGGAGCGAGCAGCGGGACGCCGGGAAACACGGAAACAGCUUCAAAGAUGAUUAUUACUACGAGCAGCAGAGAGACGACGCUCAGAGGCAGAGACAGGAGGCCUUCAUAGCCAGGCGUCUGCAGGAGAGAGAGAGGAUCGGUGAGUUAGGGUGCCCUGAAGUUUGGGGAUAUUCACCGAGAGUGAAAGAGCCAGACUCCGAUGAAUUCACACCAGUCGAAGAAGACGAGAAGAACAGCAGUUCAGAGUCGAGCUCAGGAGCAGACAAGAAGAAGAAAAAGAAGAAGAAGAAAUCCAAGAAAAAGAAGAACAAGAAACACUCCGAGGACAGCGAGCUGGGGUCAGAUUCAGAUGAGGAAGAAAUAAAGAAGAAGAAAAAGAAAAAGAAGAGCAAGAAGUCGAAGAAGUCCAAGAAGAAGAAGGCGAAGAAGACCCGCAAGGAGUCCAGCAACUCCAACAGUGAAGAGUCAGGGGAGGAGGAAGAGGAGGAGGAGGAUCCCAACGGGGUGUUGUGGGUGGAGAAGACCUGCAUGGACGAAAACGUGGUCGGCCCCGAAGCUCCGCUCACACACUUGUCGACGGACGACAGGCCUCUGGAUUUCGGUCAUGCGCUGUUGCCAGGUGAAGGUGCUGCGAUGGCAGAGUACGUGAAAGCAGGCAAACGUAUCCCGAGGAGAGGUGAGAUCGGUCUCACCAGCGACGAGAUCGCAAACUUCGAGAAGUCCGGCUACGUGAUGAGCGGCAGCAGACAUCGUCGUAUGGAGGCCGUGCGUCUGAGAAAGGAAAACCAGAUCUACAGCGCAGAUGAAAAGCGAGCGCUGGCGUCCUUCAACCAGGAGGAGAGGAGGAAGAGAGAGAGCAAGAUCCUGUCGAGCUUCAGGGAGAUGGUCUACAGGAAAACCAAAGGCAAGGAGGAGAAGUGAACGUCACGUCUUUAGAGGGCACCUUUACUUUUUUUUUCUUGAGGUAUUAAUGUUUUAUUUUUAUUGGGAGGAAAACCUCAUUCAGAUUUAGUUGAAUGUCCAGUGAGACGGGAGGAUUUUAACUGUAAAGAAACGUGUGCAAGUGAGACUGUGGUAUUAUAUUCUACAUCCUGUUUACUCUGGAACUCGUCUUCCCUUUCGACUGUUCAACCUAAAUUUUCUCUUGUAAAUGUUUUGCAAAUCAUCCUGAUCAGAACGGUAAAUAAAUUUUCAUUAUCGAGUUUCA